AUGGACGAGCCCUCGGAACAGCUCCACCUCGAAACCCGCGACGCCGUCGUCCGAGCGCUCGCAACGCGCCGUCCGCUCCUCCACCACCUGAACGCCGACACGUCCUGGCUGCUGCAGAUCCCGCGGCCGGCCAACGCCGUCAAGCAUGGCAGCCGCGUGUACUACAACAUCCUGAUCGACCCGUGGUUCGUCGGCGGGCAGUCGGACGUCGCCAAGUGGUUCUCGCAGCAAUGGCACGCCACCCCGAGCGCGGUGCAGAGCAUCGCCGACGUCGAGGAGACGGUGCGCCAGGUCGAACUGCUGGCUGGCGGAAUGCGCAGGGGCAGCAAGCGGCGCGCCGGCGCAGACGACGAGACGCUGAUUGACGCCGUCGCCAUCUCGCACGAGUUCACAGACCAUUGCCACAAGGAAACGCUGCUCGAAGUGCACCGCGACGUGCCCGUCUUCGCAACACCGGAAGCAUCCAAGCUGAUCUCCUCCUGGUCGCACUUCCGCAGCGUAACCACAACACCCACCUUCACCACCGGCAGCGACUGGCGCGACGUCUCGCUCGCCCCCCUCCCAUCCUGGCUCAGCAUAAGCCGCCUAACCGCCGAAAAAGACUCACUAUACUACCACUCCGCACUUCUAAUAACCUUCGCAACCCACCCCUUCCUAUCCAGCACACCGCGCAAGCCCCGCUCCUCACUCUCCAUAAACAGCGACGGCCACGAAGCCCUCCCCGCGCCCUCCACCGACGCCGCAGAGGCCGUCAUAUACACGCCCCACGGCAUCCCGCAUGCGGCGCUGACCCCCGUCGCGUCCGCCGAGCCCGAACUGAAGGUCCUCGCGUUCCUGCACGGGCUGCACGACGUCCGCAUCGGCGGCGCGCAGCAGCUCAAUCUCGGCGGCACGAACGGGGUGCUCGCGCAGCGCCUCCUGCGCGCGCGGUACUGGGUUGCGACGCACGAUGAGGUUAAGAGGGGAGGGGGAUUUAUCAGUUGGUUUCUGAAAAGGACUGUCUGGACGGUUGGGGAUGCGGUGAGUGCGGCGCGCGGGGAGGCGCGUGGGGAGGAGGUGUGGGAGGAUUUUGAGGAUGUGAGGUUCAGGGAUUUGGAGAAUGGGGAGGGCAUGAUUUUGGAGUAG